ACACCAUAGCACCUUGAUAACAGAGCAGAAUAGGCAAGUAACAAGUACAGGCAGUAAAAUUAGGAACAUUGCAGCACACUUUAUAAAUUAAGAUCUUUCUUUUUUAAAGGAGAAAACAAUUUCAGCUGACAAGGUUUAAUAUAUACUUUUGAAGAUGGCUCAAACUUGCCUCAAGUGUUUGAAAUACACCAUGUGUUUGGUCAACUUCCUGUUCUUUAUGUGUGGAACAGCUGUGUUUGGCUUCGGACUGUAUAUGAUGAUGAACUCCAAGGUAUCCUCCCUCAUUCCCUCCUUGGCUUCUUUGAACCUGGCCAACAUUCUCUUCAUCAUUGGCAUCAUCAUCACCUGUGUGUCCUUCCUGGGGUUCCUCGGUGCCCUGAAAGAGAACCGCUGUCUCCUCAUCGCUUUUUUCAUCCUGCUGUUUCUCUUGAUGGUGGUGGAGCUGGCUGCAGCCUGUGUUAUGCUGGUUUAUGAGGGAGAGAUUGACAAAUUCUUGCAAGACGAUCUUCAAAGAAGCCUGCAGAAGUCUAUGAAAUCUGAGAAAAGUGGAAAUUCUACCUACUCAGAAGAUGACUGGGAUAUUAUUCAAACAACGUUCAAUUGCUGUGGAAUCUACAAUGCCUCUGACUGGGUGGACAAAAUACCAGGUUCUUGCUGUUCAACACCGGUAACCCCUUGUAACAAAUUGUGGGAAAAGGGUUGUUACACUAAACUGAAGGACUGGUUUGAUGAUAACUUUCUAAGUGUCGGGAUUGGCCUGAUAGUGCUCUGUGUUAUUGAGGUGCUGGGGAUGUGCUUCUCAAUGACUCUAUUCUGUCACAUCAGCCGAUCUGGACUCGGAUACAAAUUAUGAAGCAACUAUUCCACUAACAACACCCCCAUCUGUAAUAUUCAAGUCUUUGUUAAUACAAAUACACACCUAGAAUAAGCCUUUAACAAACAAGUUUAAGGUUUAUAAAAAAUAUAGAUAAGAUAUUAAUGUUUGUGUUAUAAAACAGGUGGUGUGAACAUAUACAGUAAUCAAAAAUAAAUGCUUGGAAGCUUCUCAAUGAUUCAUGGUUGUGAAAUCAAAGAACUUGAGGACAAUUAUAGAGAUUAUUUACUAUCAAAUCGUUUUUUCCUUUUACAUUUACGUGUUUUUUGUUGUGUGAUCAGAGAUAAAUUAUACGGACCACGAUUGUAAAUAUCAUCUGAUUCUUUUCAUGUAAUGCUUUAUUUCUUUCCCUUAAGACCAAAAUGUUGAAACAAAUUAAACAAGUGCGUCAUUUACAUGAUU